UUUUGCUUUGAUAGAGAUAGCGCAUCGGCGUGGUCGUAGGUUACUGACGGCGGUGGUGUGCAUUGGCGUGCUAUUGAGCUGCACUAUAGAAUAUCGCAAUCCAGAUGACACCAGUGAUAUGUUUCCGGCAUCGCUACUAUCCAGCGAAUCUUGCAGUGUGUCUCUCGAGGAGGGUGCACCGGACCUUCUCUCGUCGGAUAUACUCACAGGUGAUCCAAUGGUAUCACUCUGCGCGGAAGUAUUAUCGAAAAUAAGCAUAACACAGGAGUGUAUAAUAGAUCCACCAACCGAAAAAGAAGAGGAAUGGCCAAUGUGGAUCGACGAGCAACUCCUAGGAAUUCACACGGCUGAAAUUUUCUACACUGAAGAGUUGAAGGAAAUUGCUCAGGAAGCUCUGGAAAAUGAACCAGUUAAUCUACAAAUCAGUCAGCCAGCCGAUGACCGUGAAUCAUACAGAACAGAAAAUUAGACCAAAAGCACGGAAGAUCUGGAAAAUGAACUAGUUACUAUCAAUCAGCCAUCCGAUGAUCGUAAGUAGGCCUAUUUUCUCAUAAUUAGAAAGAAC